AUGGCAUCACCUCCCCCGAACCAAGGUCCCGGUGGCCCUUACUACGGAGACCCAAAUCAACAAUACCAAUCUCAACAACCACCACCUCCUCAACAAUACGGCCAGACGCCUGACCCAUAUGCGCAGCAGCAACAGCAAUACGGACAACCCCAGGGAUACCAACUCCCCCCAACUGGAGUUCCCACCCCGCCCCAGGGAGGUUCUAUUCCCCCACCACCCUCUGGUACAACAAGUGGCCAUGGUGGCCGUGGUAGGAGGCGUGGUUAUGCCGAAGAACAAUACGAGUUUGGCGCAGGAGCAAAUUCUGCAGGCACUCCCAGCUCACAGGGCGGAGUCAUGGGAGCUGGAGCUGGGAUGGGGGGGUAUCCAGCGCAUGAUCAAACGCCUCAGUUGUUUUCCCCAAUGGGAGGUCCCGCGCCUUCUAUGGGAGCACAGCCAAGUUACGGUAUGCCUCAAGGUAAUUCUGGGGUUGGCGCAGGAAAUAUUGCUGCUGGUGGGUAUGAGCCACCUGGGGGAGCUCCGGGAAUGGGAGGAGUAACACAGCAAUUUGGACAGAUGGGAUUAGGACAACAAGGUGGUAUUCAAAAGCCUGCGGCGCUCAACUAUCUUUACACGGUUGAUUUGAUGCAACAGCCAUUUAAUGUCGCUGAAUUGGAGUUUCCACCUCCGGAGAUCGUUCUACCUCCUAAUGCAUCGUUGACACCUUCGCCCCAUGCCAAUUGUCCUCCGCAAUAUAUGCGCUCUACCUUAAACGCCGUCCCCACCACACACGGCUUGCUCAAAAAAUCGAAACUCCCAUUUGCACUGAUUAUCCAGCCCUAUACUUCUCUCCACGAUGCCGAGGAUCCGAUCCCGCUGGUGUCUGAUACUGUCAUUUCUCGUUGUCGUCGCUGCAGAUCUUACAUCAACCCAUAUGCAACUUUCUUGGACCAUGGGCACCGUUGGCGAUGCAAUAUGUGCAAUCUCACCAACGAUGUCCCUCAAGCUUUUGAUUGGGACCAGGCUGCACAAAAAAAUCUGGAUCGGUGGCAGCGGCCGGAGCUUAACUACAGUGUUGUAGAAUUUAUUGCCCCCCAGGAAUACAUGGUUCGACCACCGCAGCCCUUAGUCUAUCUUUUCCUCCUCGAUGUUGGCUACGGUGCAGUGCAAUGUGGUCUUUUGGCAACGGCUGCCAGAACUAUUCUCGAGAGUCUUGAUAGGAUUCCGAAUGCAGAUAAACGAACACGCCUUGGUUUCAUUGCCGUGGAUAGCUCAUUGCAUUACUUUUCAGUUCCUAGAGACAGCUCGGAUCCCAGCAUGCUAGUUGUAUCUGAUUUGGAAGAACCGUUUUUGCCAAUUCCUGGGGAUCUGCUUGUGCCCUUGGCGGAUUGUAGGGAGGGUAUCGAAAGCUUGUUGAGCAAGCUGCAAGAUAUGUUUGUGAAUACCCAGAAUGGGUCAAGCGCAAUGGGAAGCGCAUUACAAGCCGGCCACAAGUUGAUUUCAGCCAUUGGCGGUAAAAUCGUUGUCUUGACAGCAUCUCUGCCAAAUUUGGGAGCCGGAAAACUUGAGAGCAGAGAGGACAAGAAGCUUCUUGGAACAAGCAAAGAGAGUCAAUUACUGCAAACUGGCAACAGCUUCUAUAAAUCAUUUGCCGUGGAAUGCUCGAAGAACCAGGUUUCCGUCGAUAUGUUCCUCUUUUCAAACAGCUAUCAGGAUGUUGCUUCCUUGAGCAAUCUGCCAAGAUACACCGGUGGACAAACCUGGUUCUACCCAGGAUGGAAUGCUUCUAGAAGCGAGGAUGCCAUCAAGUUUGCGAGAGAAUUUUCAGAUCAUUUGUCUGCGGAGAUUGCUCUCGAGGCUGUCAUGAGAGUCCGGGCGACCACUGGUCUGCGAAUGCAGACAUUUUAUGGAAACUUUUUCAACCGCUCCUCGGAUCUUUGUGCAUUUCCCGCUUUCCCCCGUGAUCAAGGGUAUGUAGUUGAGGUUGCUAUUGACGAAACUCUUGGAAAGCAGUUUGUCUGCAUGCAGACAGCCGUGCUUCAUACUACCUGCAACGGGGAGCGAAGGAUCCGGGUCAUGACCUUAGCUCUGCCUACUACGCAGAACCUGGCAGAUGUCUACGCCUCGGCAGACCAAGUAGCUAUAACCACUUAUUUCAGCCACAAAGCAGUAGAGAAGGCAUUAAGCGGUGGAUUGGAGCAAGCGAGAGAUGCCCUUCAGGCAAAGUUGACAGAGCUCUUGAUCACUUUCAAGAAGGAACUCACUUCUAGCCACGUUGGGGCCGCAACACCUUUGUCGUUUCCUGCCAAUUUGAGGGGACUCGUAGUCUUAUUUCUAGGGUUGAUGAAACAUGUCGGGCUUCGAAAAUCUGCUCAAAUCCCCUCAGACCUCCGUUCAGCCGCUCUUUGUCUCCUUUCAACGUUACCCGCUCCCCUUUUGAUGCAGUACAUUCACCCCAAAUUUUACUCCCUUCAUGACAUGCCGGAUAAUUGUGGUCUCCCAGACUCAACAACUGGUGAAAUCGUCCUUCCACCAGGGAUGAAUCUCUCCUCAGAACGCCUGGCUCCGUAUGGCUGUUAUUUAAUUGAUGACUCUCAGGUUCAAUUCUUGUGGAUCGGCCCUCAAGCCGUUCCCCAGCUGAUUCAGGACGUGUUUGGCCUCCCCUCUGUCGAACAUGUCAAGGUUGGCAAGACCUCUCUUCCCAUAUUAGAGGGACCUGGGUCCGAAUUCAACGAGCGUGUUAGAAAUGUUAUUGCAAAGAGCAGGGACCAUAGCAAAUCGAAACAUGUUGGGUCAAUCACAGUUCCACAUCUUUACGUCGUUCGUGGAGACGGAGAACCUGCCCUUAGAUUGUGGGCCCAGACAAUGUUGAUUGAGGAUAGAGCAGAUCAAAGUGUUGGGUUAGGGCAAUUCUUGUCACAAAUGAGAGAAAAGGUCAAUAAUACGUAG